AUGUUGGAAGGCUUGGUCGCAUCGUUGCUGAAUCGAUUUCUGGGCAUGUACAUACGGAAUUUCGAUCCGGGACAACUGAAAGUAGGAAUCUGGUCGGGAGAUGUUAAGCUGCGAGAUUUGGAGCUACGACGGGAGGCCUUGGAUCAAUUAAAGCUACCUAUAAAUGUGGUGGAGGGACAUUUGGGACAGCUUACCUUGAAGAUACCAUGGUCGAAUCUGCGAGGUCAGCCUGUACAAGUCGAAAUCGAAGAUAUAUAUGUACUCGCAUCACCGAAAGAAGAUGCAGAGUGGGAUGAAGAGGAAGAGGAGAGGAGGAGGCAGGUUGUUAAGAUUGAGAAGUUGGACAGUGCCGAGAUGCUGAAAGAUAGAAAUCAAGAGGGGAUGAGUUUGGAAGAACAACAGAAGAACCAGAGCUUCACGGAUAGUUUGGUUACCAAAAUCAUCGACAAUCUCCAAAUUACGGUUAAGAAUAUUCACGUACGAUAUGAGGACUCAAUUUCGGCACCUGGUCACCCAUUUGCUCUCGGGCUUACAUUACAAGAGUUCAGUGCCAUCAGUACGGAUGGCAAUUGGAAACCGACGUACAUACAAAACUCUUCUGGAACCACACAUAAGCUUGCCACUCUUGGUGCUUUGGCUGUGUACUGGAAUACGGAUACAGAAUUGUUGAGCACUGGGAGAGAGGCGGAAGUGUCUACACCUCCAGAGGUCGCAUCGCACGAUGAAAUGUUGACGAGAUUCAAAGAGAUGAUUGUGCGAGGUGAAGAUGCAAAACAAGCCAAUCAUCAGUUUAUUUUAAAGCCUGUUAGUGGUCAGAUGAAGCUUGAGAUGGACAAAAGCGGUAAGAUAGAAAUACCACAUAUGAAGGCUGGGUUGUUGUUCGACGAAAUUGGAGUGGUUCUUGACGAUCAUCAAUAUCGAGAUGCUUUGAUGAUGGUCGACUUAUUCCAUUACUUCCUCCUUCAUCAAGAGUAUAAGAAAUUCCAACCGAAAGGAGUUCGGCCAAAAGAGGAUCCACGUGCUUGGUUCAAGUUUGCGGGUAAUGCUAUCUUAAGUAAGAUUCAUGAACGCAAUCGUCGCUGGUCAUGGGCCUUCUUCAAGGAGAGACGAGACGAUCGAAUUCGUUACAUUGAGCUCUUCAAGAAAAAGAAGAAGCAGACCGAGCCAUUAUCACCUGAAGAAAAUGAGGAGGUGGAUAAGCUUGAGUGGAAACUCGACUACGAAGAUAUACGCUUCUGGAGAUCCUUGGCCAGAAACCAAUUGAAGAAAGAGAAUGUUGGUAUUAAAAAGGCAGCACCGAAGCAAAAGCAAGGGUGGGUUGCAUGGGCUUGGGGCGCGAAACAACAAGAACAGGAAGAAGACGAAGAAACCACCAUGACCGAGGAACAGCGGAAAGAAUUGUAUGACGCCAUCGAUUGGAAUGAGAAAACAGCAAUUGCGGAAAGUAUCGAUUUACCAAAAGAGACCGUUAAGAUGCAAAUCGAGGCAUCGCUCAAUACCGGUAGCUUCACACUCAAGCGUGAUCCUCAUAAUAAUACGGUCGAAGUUCUCAGCCUAUACUUUGAUGCUUUCAAGGCAAAAUUCUUACAGCGACCCGAGUCAAUGUUAGCGGAUGUAAGCCUUGGAGGCCUGCGAGUGAACGACGGCACGACUCCUGAUAGUCUGUUUCCUCAAAUUGUUCGCGUUAAAGAUGCUCCUGAAACACCCAAGACGAAGCUUCUGCUCAACGGCGAUGAUGACGAGUCUAACGAUACUCCCGAUCCAUUCUUCCAAUUCCAAGUUGAAACAAAUCCUUUGCAUGACGCCGGUGAUGUUGCAGUGACCGGAAAACUCAAGCCGCUUGAGAUCAUUUGGAAUCCUCAUUUCCUUGUGGGUAUAAUCCAAUUUUUCAAACCACCAGAAAGACAUAUGGAGUCUAUCGGGGCUCUUAUGGAAUCUGCCGGAGCGACAGUAGAAGGACUCAGACAACAGACACGAGCAGGACUUGAAUUCGCACUCGAGGAGCACAAAACAAUCAAUGCCAAGUUAGAUCUUCAAGCGCCUCUCAUCAUUGUGCCUGAAAACAUUACCUCGAGCAAAACGACUUGUCUGAUUCUCGAUGCCGGUCAUAUCAGUGUGAACAGUGAACUUGUGGAUGAGGAAACAAUGCGUGAAGUGCAAUCAAAGCAGAAGACAGUUUAUACCGAUGCAGAUUAUCAACGCCUAGAAUCUCUCAUGUACGAUAGAUUUGUGGUCAAGCUUUCCAAUACCCAAGUCCUCAUUGGACCUUCCAUCGAAGACACAAAACUACAAGUCAUGGAAAAGGAAGAUCCUCAAUCGAUGCGUGUUGUCGAGAAAAUCAAUAUUGAUUUUAUUGUCGAAACUUCAAUCAUACCAAAAGCGCCAAACUUGACCAAAGUAAGAGUCUCUGGUCGUCUACCUGUACUACAUGCUUCUGUUUCAGACAAGAAAUAUAAAAGCUUGAUGAGUAUUAUCAACGCAGCUAUUCCGAAUGUAAAUGCAGAGGAACUUCCAGCACAGACAUUAGCGAAGAGUCGCCGAACUUCGACUUUAUCAAUAAGAGCACCCUCCUCGUCAAAGCCAAGGGAUCGGGCACAAUCUACAUCAUUCAACUUCUCAAGACAAGAGGCUAUCAUUCUUCAAGAUGAGUCGUCUGAUGACGAUGAUGACGAUGAAUUUCAAGACGCUCCUAGCGGCAAAGAGAGUGAUAAACUCAAACUGGAACAAAAGAAUUUUGAGCUCAAAUUUGAAGUGGAACGACUUCAGGGCUCGCUUUAUCGAAGUGAUCCGGAAGGCAGGAAGCCAGAUCAACUUUUGGUGGAAGUAGUCGCUGAGAACUUUGGCGUGAAUCUUGUUCUUCGUCCAUACGAUCUGAUUGUAGAAACUGUCCUCCAAUCCGUAGUUGUGGAUGAUUUCAUUGAUAAUCCUCCCGCUGAAUUCAAAUCGAUAGUUUCCUCUGGAGACAUGGAAUCAGAAGACGAAACCGCCCUCAUCAACGUGAAAGUGGUGAAGGUAAAUCCACAUUCGCCGGAGUUCAUGCCAAAAUAUGACGGAGUUGAGAUUAAUGUAGAUGUCUCUGUUUCCACGAUAAAUUUAGUGGUUACUCGCAAGACUCUAUUGACUCUGCUUGAUUUCAUCUUGAUUACAUUUACAAAUCAAGACGGCCCACCUCAAUUGCCUGCACCUACCAAGGAAACCACAGAUGAUCUACUAGCUGUGCCAGAUGAGUCGCCGUUUGAAGAAGAGGUAGUACCACCAGCCAAGAACACUGAAUUGUCAGUUCGUGUUAAGGUUGACCUGAAGAGUAUACGCUUGAUACUCAAUAACGAUGGCAUUCGACUAGCCACUCUUUCAUUCAACCAUGCGGAUGUAGGCAUCUUUAUACUAGGAAAUACCUUACGAAUUGGCGCAAAGUUGGGAGAUCUAUCUUUAGUAGAUGAUGUUAACCUCGGAGCCUCCAGCGAUUCCAAUCUUCGAAAAUUGAUCGCUAUUGAGGGAGACGACUUGGCCGAUUUCCGAUAUGAGACCUUUGAUGCUAAAGGCAGUUCAUACCCUGGAUAUGAUUCCUCUAUCUACUUGCGCGCAGGUUCUAUCAAAGUCAAUUUCCUUGAAGAGCCAUAUCGUAAGAUUAUUGAGUUUUUGGUCAAAUUUGGCAAGAUGCAAGCUCUUUUCAAUGCUGCUCGACAAGCUGCGGCAAAUCAAGCUUCUCAACUUCAGCAAAGUACCAGCCGCAUUAAAUUCGAUGUCAACAUCAAAACACCUAUUGUCGUCUUCCCUCGUGUAACGAACGCAGGCAGCGGCAAGAGAGACAUGAUAACUGCUUACCUGGGAGAAAUUUAUGCAGAAAACAAAUUUGUCCCAAUUGAUGACUCGAAGGAUGCGACUAUUGCAAUGAAGCUCACAGCUGGUAUUAGAAAUAUUCGAUUAACAUCUGACUUCCAUUUCCCAGAUGAGAAGGCAGAAGAGCUUGAACUCAUUGACAAAGUUGAUUUGGGUUUCUUGGUCACUUAUGCUGAACAUACUGCUGGAGCACUUCGUCCGGAUUUGGAGAUCGAAGGUCACAUGUCUGACUUCAAUCUGCGAAUUACACAAAUGCAGUUGAAAUUUCUUCUCGAAUUAGCAAAGUCUGUUCCAGGCGCUUUCAUGGUGGAUUCGGAUGUCAGCGAGCAACAAGCUGUAGACGAAGUGGCCAGCCCGACGACAAAAAGAGCAAAAGCAAUCACCCAGAAAUCAUCAGACGAUGACCAUAAUAAAGAAUUGGUUGAUCUUGGUCCAGAACUCGGUUCUAAUGCACAGAGUUGGACGAAGCUUGACUUGGCCUUCCAUGUGAACACAAUCGGUCUCGAACUCAUCCUAGCAAAGGAGAAUGAGCCAGUUGGUGAUCUUGAGGCCGCAAGCUUAUCAAGAUUCUCUAUGGAUGACACGAAGGUUAAGCUCCGCAUGAUGACAGAUGGUUCAUUGGAAUCAGAAUUUUUAAUCCACGCUUUCACUAUCCAGGAUAGUAGGAAGAGAGAGACGAACAAAUUUCGAAAGAUUAUGACAUCUUCGAAUAAAGAUGUGCAACAAUUCAUGGCUAGCGUUACCAUCUCCGGAGGACAAGAACGCAACCUCAUCGCUAUCUUAUCAAUAGAUAGUCCAAAGGUUAUCUUUGCCCUGGAUUAUCUUUUUGCUCUACAGGCAUUCAUAACAGAGGGCCUUGCUGUUGAAGAACCUGUUUCGCCAGAUGACGAGGAUGAAACGACUGAAUCCGAGAAUGCAUCUGAUGCAGAUUCCAUGCAAGUAGCUAGGCCUAAGACUGUAGCUAGCCAAGCAAGAUCGCCAAGCAAAUCACCUAGUCAAUCAUCUUCUUCGUCCGAUCAAUCUUCCAUGUCAAUAGCCUUCAGAGUAAAUGUCGUGGAUGCACAGAUAAUAUUGAUUGCAAAUCCACUCAGUACCAGUUCCGAAGCAAUUGUACUUGGAACUAAGCAAAUCCUCAUGUCACAGCAGCAUGCUCUCACACUACAGGUGUCCGAGAUGGGUAUGUUCUUGUGCCGAAUGGACAAAUUUGAGGAUACUCGCCUGAGAAUUCUUGACGACUUCUCUCUCCAAAUGUCAUUGGAUAGUUCGAAGCCAAAUGCCCAAAGCAUUUAUCUUGAUGUUGAGCCUCUUGUUCUGAGAUUAUCGCUACGUGAUAUUCUUCUAGCGAUUCAGAUUGUACAAAGAGCAUCUGAGCUUUCCGGCAAUGAUGAUGAAUCUGGUGAGAAGAAACCCGCUGCAUCUGAUGUCAAGGCAAAGCAAUUGCAAAGUUCCUCAAGCCUCAAACAACGAUCGGCUAGCGGUAGAGGUGCAUCAACAAUGAAGAGAACCACUGCCGGCACGAUUGUGCCGUCUCAACAAACUCCAACUGCCCAAACCAGUACUCAACCUACCCACAAGAAGCAUGAGGAAUUGACUGCGACGUUGGCAGGGAUGAGACUCAUUCUAAUUGGCGAUCUACAUGAAUUGCCAAUCCUUGAUCUUAGUGUCAAGAAAUUCACAGCUUCUGCUGCUGACUGGUCGGGUAGUUUACGAGCUGAUACCGCAAUCAAUAUGUUCAUCAAUGUUUACAACUUCUCCAAGUCAGCAUGGGAGCCUCUCAUUGAGCCUUGGGAGCUAGGACUACUGGUAGCCAAGGACACUAACCCGGAUUGCAUGUCCGUCGAUCUAAUCUCGAAAAAGACGCUCGAGAUCACUGUCACAUCCGCGACUAUUGCACUGGCAUCGAAGUCCGCGCAGUUCCUCAGCCAGUCUGAUGAUGUCUUAUCAAAACCAAGAGGAGCCGAUGCUCCAUAUCGCAUUCGCAAUUAUACUGGUUUCGAUGUUAAUGUAUGGGCAGAUGUCCCUGAUGCUGAUAACACCAUGGCUGCUACGCUGACGGAUGGCGAGGAAGCACCUUGGAGAUUUGAAGAUUGGGAGAAGAUGCGUGAGAAUCUCUCGCCUGAGAAUACUAGUGGAUAUGUCGGGAUAAGAUUAGAAGGGAGUGGAUUUGAUAGUCUAAGCAAGAUUCCAGUCAAUCGUGAAGGAGAGACUCUGUACAGUCUACGACCCCGUCAAGAUAAGAUCUUACAUCGACUGCUUGUCGAAGUUACCUUGGGUGAGGAUAAUGUCAAGUAUAUCACCUUGAGAUCUCCACUACUGGUAGAAAAUAAGACACAGAUUCCUGUGGAGCUUGGAGUCUUUGACCCUCAAGAGGGCCAUCUGCUCAAAAUUGAGAAAAUCGCACCUGGUGAAAGUCGUCCCGCGCCUGUUGGGGCGGCAUUCAUGAAAUCACUAUUGGUGAGACCAGAUCAAGGUUUCGGUUAUUCUUGGUCUACAGAAUCACUCUUUUGGAAAGAUCUUCUGAAGAGACCUACAAGAACAAUUACUUGCAAGGGUGAAAGCGGUGAUAAGACGCCCCCAUUCUAUUUCCAAAUGAACGCCACUUAUGACAAGACUACUCCGAUUACAAGUAUCUACCCAUAUAUGCGAAUUCGACUUUCGGCACCUAUUGAGCUUGAGAACCUACUACCGUAUGACUUCAAGUAUCGUAUCUACGACAAAAAUACAAAGAAAGAUUGGACAAACUUCCUUCGUAAAGGUGGUCUGAGUCCUGUUCAUGUCGUCGAACUUUCGCAUUUACUUCUCAUGAGCAUUGAUAUGCAGGAUACAGUCUUCAAAGCCAGCGAGUUUGCAAUCAUCAACUCAAAUAACCAAGAUGACUUCCGUAAGGAGACAGCUCUGGUUUGUAAAGAUCGUGAUGGACUUGCUUUGAACCUCAGAUUACAUUAUUUCAAGAUUCCAGAUAGUGGUGGAGCUUUCAGAGUCACAGUUUACAGUCCUUAUGUCAUCCUAAAUAAGACUGGCUUAGAGAUCAACAUCAAACAAAAAUCGCUAUUGCAGCAAGCAAAGACAGCAGCCGGUCAAGGAUUCCAUACUGACUCAGUUGAUUCUGAACGACGCAAAGCACUGCCCUACAUGUUCGCAUAUGGAGGAGAUGAUCAACGAAAUCGUGCUCUAUUGAAGGUUGGUGACUCAAAUUGGAGUAAACCGCAAAGUUUGGAUGCUAUCGGCAGCAACGUUGAUGUCAUUUUACCUUCCUCAAACAACAAUACCGAAAUCCAUGUCGGCAUCAGUGUUGAAGCAGGAGAGGGUAAAUACAAAAUGACAAAGGUUGUCACACUCGCUCCUCGUUUCGUUCUAAAGAAUCAAAUGAACGAAGAAUUGAACGUUAGAGAGCCUGGUUCAUCUGAACUUUGGACUUUGAAGCCGCAAGCUUUGGAACCUCUUCAUUUCCUUCAGAAGAGUCAAGUAAAGCAACUCACGAUGUGCUUCCCAGGAUUAAACAACCAGUGGUCAUCACCAUUCACAAUCUCGAAUCUUGGAAUUACACAUGUGAAAUUAGCCAAGGCUGGGCAACGACAGAAACUCAUCAGAGUUGAAGUCCUCAUGGAAAAUGCUACAAUUUUCUUGCAUAUCAGUGCUGAAACCAAGAACUGGCCAUUCUCUAUGCGAAAUGAGAGUGACACAGAAUUCAUGUUCUUCCAAGCAAACCCUAACUUGGACGAUGAAGAUGCCGAGGACCGAUCUGGAUGGAAGCCAAUCAGAUAUCGUUUACCACCAAGAAGUAUUAUGCCAUACGCCUGGGACUACCCUGCUGCUAAACAAAAGGAGUUGAUAAUUGUUGCAAACGGAAAGGAACGUCACAUAAAACUUGCAGAGAUUGGUAAUCUCAUUCCUAUGAAGAUUGGAGGAGAUGAUCCCAACCCCAGGAACCAAAAGAUCAUUGAUCUCAACGUCGCAGCAGACGGUCCGACACAAACCCUCAUUCUAUCCAACUAUAAGGCAUCGAAGAGUUUGUAUAAGCAAAAGUCAAGAACAAACUCUUCUGUUAGUUUUGCUGGAGGAUUUGAGGUCAAGAGUCAAGAUACUGCCGUCAACUUCAAAGCACAACUCAAACUUGGUGGAAUUGGCAUCUCUCUAGUCAAUGCUCAACUCAGGGAACUUGCUUACAUUACUUUGCGUGAUAUCGCUCUCAAAUACGCCGAAUCGCCUCUAUAUCAAACCAUCACUGCUUCUAUUAAGUGGAUCCAAAUUGACAAUCAACUUUAUGGUGGAAUUUUUCCCAUGAUUCUGUAUCCUAGUGUCGUUCAAAAGGGCACUAAAGAAACUGAAGCUCAUCCAUCUCUUCAUGCUAUGGUUACUAGAGUGAAGGAUGAUUCAUACGGAGUUAUUUACAUCAAAUAUGCAACGAUUUUGGUGCAACAAAUGACUCUUGAAAUUGAUGAAGAUUUUAUCUUUGCCGUUUUAGAAUUCUCAAAGGUGCCUGGAGCUGCCUGGUCGGAAACACAUGAAGGUGUACUUUGUGAUGAAAGUCUGGAUAUUCCAGAACCAAAACAAGAGCAAUCUGGUCAAGAUAUCUAUUUCGAACUACUCAAUAUUCAACCUAUGCAACUUGAUUUGUCUUUCGUUCGCACCGAUCGAGUCAAUGUUGAAGAUAAGACAUCAUCAAAGAAUCCUUUGAUGUUCUUCAUGAAUGUCUUAACGAUGGCUAUUGGUAAUAUCAAUGAUGCUCCAGUUCGUAUGAAUGCUUUGAUGUUGGAGAAUGCAAGAGUUUCUGCCGCUGUUUUGAUGAUGAACAUCUCCAAUCAUUAUUCACAAGAAGCACUUUAUCAAGUUCAUAAGAUCUUGGGUUCAGCUGAUUUCCUUGGAAAUCCUGUCGGAUUGUUCACCAACAUCAGUUCUGGUGUUGCUGACAUCUUUUAUGAACCAUAUCAAGGAUUCAUCAUGAAUGAUCCAGAACAACUUGGUAUUGGUAUCGCCAAAGGUGCCACCAGUUUUGUCAAGAAAUCAGUAUUUGGUGUUUCAGACAGUUUCUCGAAGUGGACGGGUAGUAUUGCAAAAGGCCUCGCUGAAGCUACUAUGGAUAAACAAUUCCAAGAUCGUCGUCGUAUGACUCGAUCUCGAAAUAGGCCCAAGCACGCUCUUUAUGGUGUUACGGCAGGCGCAAAUUCCCUCAUCAGUAGUUUUGCAAGUGGUGUAGGGGGAUUGGCACGUAAACCUCUUGAAGGAGCAGAACAAGAAGGUGCUGCUGGUUUCUUCAAGGGUGUCGGUAAAGGCCUUUUGGGAUUUGCUACGAAACCAGCCAUUGGUGUCUUUGAUCUCGCUUCAAAUGUUAGUGAAGGUAUUCGUAAUACUACGACGGUCUUCGAUGAUAGCGGACUUGACCGUGUACGACUCACUCGUUUCAUCGGACAAGAUGGAAUUGUACGCCCAUACUCUCAACGUGAAGCACUAGGACAAUUCUGGCUCAAACAACUGGAUAACGGGAAAUACUUUAAUGAACAAUAUAUUGCACAUCUGGAAUUGCCAAGAGAAGAUGUAGUGGUUAUGUUGACUUAUUCGAGGAUUAUGUUGGUUAAGAGUAAGAAAUUGACUAGUGAGUGGGACGUACCAUUGAAGGAUAUUCAAACGAUUAGUAAAGAGAGGACAGGUCUGAGUUUGACAUUGAGAGGAGGAACAAACGGACCAUUUGUGCCGGUUGCAGAGGAAAGUUCGAGGAACUUUUUGUAUAAGAAUAUUGGAGUAGCGGUUGGGGAGUUUAAUAAGAAGUAUAAAGCUACGGAGUAG